AUGGCAGUUAAAAUGACCAAUGUAAUAAUCGAAGAAUCUAAAAUCCCACAAAAAACUACAUGUCGAAUAACUUUGUUACAUUAUUUGGAACAGUAUUUUUAUACUCCAGUAUUGGGACUUAUCAGACGUAUCAGCUACAGUGUAAAUGGACAAUUUCUUGGUGUCUGCAGUUCAAUAAAUGGCAAUACAAGCGACUGUCAAGCUGGAGCUAAAGCUUUACCCUCGGGUGAUUACGGGUCUGGGAUUUCUUACUCUGACCUGACAAAUCUUUUCACAAGCAGGACAGAUAUAGCAACAGCAUGCAAGCAAGCAAAUCAAGCGUUAUACAGAGCUGCAGCAGUAUGUAUAGCUGAUUCUUAUCGACAUUGUGCUGAUAAUGAUUUUAAAACCUUGAUACCAACUGGUGAGAAGUAUGGAGAAGCUAUUGAUUAUUUAUGUCAAAAUGAAGCAUCCAUGGACCAAAUUUUGAAUUGUUUUGGAGAUUCUGUAUUAGACUGUGGGGCUAACAAACUUGCAAGAGCAGGUUACGACUCACCAUUAACUAGUAGAGCUUUGAUGUUCCAUAAACACAAAGAAUGGAAUUGCGGAGUUCAGCAGAUGUCAGAAGAAUGUGUACGAGAUGAUAUGGAUGUACAAGCCUGUUUAGCCGCUGGGAAUUAUGAUAAAUAUGUAGCACUGAGAAAUAUUUUACGACCAACAGCUUGUGGUGCAUCAGCCAUUAUUUUCACUACUUCUUUACUGUUCGUCUCCCUUAUUGUUUCUUUUUUUCAUUGAGAUUAUCUAAUUCAGCUAGUCUUUUGUCUUAUCUAUACAUAAAUUCUGUUUGUUCGUCUUUUAAUAUUAUUUUCAAAUCAGUAAUUUUAAAUAAACUUUUGUUCUAAAUUU